AUGGCCUUACAACCAUUUACCAAUGAACAAUUGAAUUAUUUCAAGUUUGCUUUCAUCGUGCUGAAUGAAAUUCCUAAAGUAUUGCGGCAAACUUUUAAACAGAUGUGGAACAACACCUUUGCGUCACUCCCUGGUUUUCAGUCCUGGGAUGACUCUAAUGCUGUACGUAACUUGUUCUUAAGUACUGAAGGUGGAGCAUCCAAAGUCCCCACACAUCUCUCCUAUGAUGAAUGGGAUUGCACAGCCCUGUUCCAGACCACCAUCUACGCGCGGUCCUUUGCUUUGCUAGAUAGCAAAGGCCAUCACAGGACACUCCAUGAUUUGUACUUGAAGUCCUGUAAAUUAUCACCUGGUACUUUCCAUUCUUUUGUAGUUAGUCCAACUGGAGAUGACGCAGAAACCUUUGCACUGGCGAUCGAUCAGCUUCUUUUAUUGAGAAAUUCGCUCUGUCAUUUAAAUAAAUCCGAAUUGGACAAAAUAAAAUUUGAUCGAUACGUUCAACUCGCUAAAGACGCGAUGAAUGCCCUUGGAGUUAACACUGACCCUAUCGAUGCUGUUGGAAGUUUGACUGAGUCAGACUUUCCCAUCGAGAAAGUUCGCAAGUUGGAGGAUGAUGUCAGAAAAGAGCUUCAAAAAAGAAACGAAUUCCUCGAAGAAGAAGUUAUUGAUGACUUGCAUCUCUUACAUAAAUCUCAAAAGGAAGGUACUGAAGAGCUAAAGAAGACAAGCAAAUCUGAAAAUGCCAGUACCCAAGGCACGAUUGAAACUAAGUUUGCCGAGCUUCAAACUGAAAGCAGACUUGUCAGAGAAGGUGUUAAAGAUGAGUUACAUCUUCUACAGCAAGCACACAAAGACGACACCGAGAACCUGAAAGAGGCAAUCUCUAAGAAGAUUAACGAGUUUAGCCAAGAGAUGAAAGACCCUCUGAAGGAGCCGCAAAGUCCAGCUGCCGAGUCUUACAAGUUUGCACUCGACAUCAGAACUCAACUGCUGGGGGAAGAAAACCAGACGACCGCUGACAGCUCUUGUAAACUGGGGGCUACGCAGUAUGCCCUUACAGAUUACACCUUAGCCGCUGAGUCCCACGAGCGUGCACUAAACAUCAGACAAAAAGGAUGGAAUAAAGAUCACAAGAGGACCGUUGACAGCCACCAUAAGCUGGGGCUUACCCAAUUUAGGCUUAGUGAUUACUCCUCAGCCACUGAGUCACACAAACGAGCACUAAAGAUCAGACAAACAGUAUUGGGUGAAAAUCAUCAGAAGACCGUUGAGAGCUACCAUUGGGUGGGGAUUACCCAAUUAAUGCUUAGUGAUUACACCUCAGCCACUGAGUCACACGAGCGAGCACUAAAGAUCAGACAAACGGUAUUGGGUGAAAAUCACGAAAACACCACUAAGAGCUACCAUUGGCUGGGGAUUACCCAAUAUAUGCUUUGUGAUUACACCUCAGCCACUGAGUCACACAAACAAGCACUAAAGAUUAGACAAACAGUAUUGGGUAAAAAUCACGAGAAGACCGCUGAGAGCCACUAUUAUCUGGGGAUUACCCAAUAUAAGCUUAGUGAUCACACCUCAGCCACUGAGUCACUCAAGCGAGCAAUAAACAUAAAAAAAAAGGUGUUGGGUGAUGACCAAGAAGAGUUCCCUGAGAGUUACCGUCAGCAGGGGAUUACAAAAUAUAUCCUCAGAGGUUAUACCUCCCUCACUGAGUUAGUCAAGCGAGCACUAAACAUCAGACAGAAAGUACCAAGGGAAGCACACGAAAAGAAUUCUUACAGCUACCAUGAGCUGGGACUUACCCAAUAUAUGCUCAAAGAUUAUACCUCAGCCACUGAGUCACAUAAGCGAGCACUAAAGAUCAGACAAACGGUAUGGGGUGAAUUUCAUGAGGACACCGCUGAGAGCUACCAUUUCCUGGGGCUUACCCAAUAUAUGCUUAGUGAUUACAGCUCAGCCACUGAGUCACACAAGCGAGCACUAGAGAUCAAACAAACGGUAUUGGGUGAAAAUCAUGACAAUACCGCUAACAGCUACCAUUGGCUGGGGCUUACCCAGUAUAAGCUUAGUGAUUACAGCUCAGCCACUGAGUCACACAAGCGAGCACUUAACAUCAGACAAAAGGUAUUGGGUGAGAAUCAUGACGACACCGCUGACAGCUACCAUUGGCUGGGGCUUACCCAAUAUAAGCUUAAUGAUUACAACUCAGCCACUGAGUCACAUAAGCGAGCUCUAAACAUCAGACAAACGGUAUUGGGUGAAAAUCAUGACAAUACCGCUGACAGCUACCAUUGGCUGGGGCUUACCCAAUAUAAGCUUAGUGAUUACAGCUCAGCCACUGAGUCACACAAGCGAGCACUAACGAUCAGACAAACGGUGUUGGGUGAAAAUCAUGAGAACACCGCAGAGAGCAACCAUCUUCUGGGGUUUACCCAAUUUAUGCUUGGUGAUUACACCUCAGCCACUGAGUCACACAAGCGAGCACUAAAGAUCAGACAAACAGUGCUGGGUGAAAAUCAUGAGAAGACCGCUGAGAGCAACCAUCAUCUGGGGCUUACCCAAUUUAUGCUUAGUGAUUGCACCUCAGCCACUGAGUCACACAAGCAAGCACUAAAGAUCAGACAAACGGUAUUGGGUGAAAAUCAUGAGGACACCGCUGAGAGCUACCAUUGGCUGGGGGUUACCCAAUAUAUGCUUAGUGAUUACUCCUCAGCCACUGAGUCACACAAACGAGCACUAAAGAUCAGACAAACGGUAUUGGGUGAAAAUCAUGAGGAUACCUCUGACAGCUACCAUUUUCUGGGGCUUAUCCAAUAUAAGCUUAAUGAUUACAGCUCAGCCACUGAGUCACACAAGCGAGCACUAACGAUCGGACAAACGGUGUUGGGUGAAAAUCAUAAGAACACCGCUGAGAGCUACCAUUGGCUGGGGCUUACCCAAUAUAUGCUCAGUGAUUAUAGCUCAGCCACUGAGUCACACAAACGAGCACUAACGAUCAGACAAACGGUAUUGGGUGAAAAUGAUGAGGACACCGCUGACAGUCACCAUUGGCUGGGGGAGUACAUCAUCCAAUCGACAUACAACACAGAACUUCACCGAGAAUACAAUUUAUUUUUCACACACUAA